ACUGAGGAAUUGACGAAUAAUCAGAUGUCACUGUACCCAUUCAAUGACUCUACGAUUCAUUUGCUAUUUUAUGGACCUUUUGCAGAAUAUCAGGCACUGGCAAAAGUAAAAGUAAGUUCCAAAGGCAGUCUGCUUAUUUUCUUUGUCAUGAAGGAGUAGAGGCAUAUUGUUCUUCUUUAUUUGUCCAUAUAAUGAUUCUAUAAGGUUACUUUCUUGAAGUAUCUGUGUCCAGAAUACUUUUUCCUAUUUAUUUGUCGUCGUCUUUUUUAUAUUGUUCUCCUUCCCAUCCCGUGCAUGGGCUGAAAAAAAGAACCCUUUUGCUUGCGUAUGACGCUAGACAGAUCAUUGGAGCAAAUGAGCAAUAUCAAACUGACUUGGCAAGUGCAAAGCAGAAGUAUUCCCCAACAAUGGUUGACAGAUGAAUGGAGAAAUUUUAACAUGGUUUUGACAAGUCUAAAGCAGAAAAGCUGUAUUCCCCAGCAGCACUAGAAGUGGAACCAGAUUCCACAAAGUAGAAUCAAUUACUCACUUUCUUGCCUCUCUAUAUCAGCAUAUCACUCUCCAGGAAUAAACAUACCGAUUUCCCGGAUCACAGACUCCUGCAUUUGUUUAUCUAUCUACAAUACUCAACCAUGGAUGGAGGAAAUGAUCAAGCUGGAAAAAAGAUGAGCAUAGUGGUAGGACCAUGGGGAGGCAACGGUGGAUCGUAUUGGGACGAUGGAAAUUACAGUGGCGUGAGAGAAAUCUCGCUCGUUUAUGGCCGCUGUAUCGAUUCAAUCCGUGUAGUGUACAAUAAGAACGGUAAGCCUGUUGCAGCAGAUAAACACGGAGGCAUUGGAGGUAGUCGAACAGCUGAUAUUAAGCUGCAAUACCCUGAGGAGUUCCUAACGAGCGUGAGCGGCCACUACUGUCCGGUGGUUCAUGGUGGCAGUCCGGUGAUCCGAUCAAUAACAUUUAAGAGUAACAGGAGGACCUUCGGGCCGUAUGGAGUGGAAGAAGGGACACCGUUUUCUUUUUCAGCAGAUGGAGCCCAGAUCAUGGGGUUCAAGGGGAGAAGCGGCUGGUAUCUGGACGCAGUUGGGUUCCAUUUAUCUAAAGUCCAAACAACAAAACUGUAUCAAAAGGUUCAGAGGAAGUUUAAGAAACUCAUGAGCACCGUGUCCGUGUCUUCGGCACAAAAGGAUGGUGAAGUGCCCUGAAUGAUUCUGUGAUAGAUUAUGCGUAGUGUUGUUAUGUAUCACUAUAUUUUUGAUGUCUCCAAAUCACUGAUGUACUAGAUCUUUGUGUAUAAACGUCUGUAGUGAAAUAAAAGAGAUCAGAGCAUUGUUUUCUGAUCAA